AUGGGAGUUGUGACCUGGAGCGGCGAAUCGGGGAAACUGAUAAUCCGUCUCGCCGCAGCUGCCAAGAGAGCGGUACGUCAACGAAUCAGAGAGAGAUGGGAGCGGGAGACUAUGUUGUACCUCCGCAAGCGUUUGGUGCAGGCGCCAAACAAGAAACCCCUCCGGUUGUACGAAGGGCUGUCGAAGCCACAGUGUGCUAUCUUAAUCCAGAUGUGUACAAUGCGAAUUGGCCUUCGCUACUUCUUAUUCAAAACCAAGGCAGCCGAGACCGACCGGUGUAAUUGUGACGAGGGCCCGCAAACACCGAAGCAUAUUCUCAUGCAAUGUCCGAACUAUAACAUGCCGCGGACGAAACUGCGAGAGCAGUUGUGGGAUAUUGGGAUCAACGAGAUGGAUUACAACAAGAUCGUGUCGAACCCGUAG